GAGACCGAGGAGGAGCUGGGCAGGAGGUCCGCGAGGCGCGAUGGCCAAGCCGUGGGCAGUGCUUUUACUUUUGCAGUGUUUGGCCGACCGGUUGCAGCUCAUCGGAGCCUUGAACCCCAGAUCGAGCCACGGUCCAUUUUAUGAAAUAGUUCAGCAUUUCCCUCAAGUGGAGCAGAAUGUGCGUGUGGAUUCCUACAGAUAUAGCCACAGGUGGAAACGACAUUCAGAGUUCCUCAAGUCAGUUGACACCAACAGAGCCAGCGGGGGUCAGGAAUCCUCUGAGCCUGGAGGCUUCACAGAUUUGAUGUUUGAUGACACACAUGACAACACAACGCAGAUCGAGGAAGAUGUGGAUCACAAUUACUAUACUUCGCGGACUUUUGGCCCAUCUGAUUCUAUUAGUCGUGAUCUAUGGGUGAACAUAGACAAAAUGGAGAAAGAUAAAGUGAAGAUUCAUGGGAUCCUCUCCAACACACAUCGACAAGCCGCAAGAGUGAAUCUAUCCUUCGAUUUCCCAUUUUAUGGCCAUUUCCUGCGUGAAAUUACUGUGGCAACGGGGGGCUUUAUCUAUACAGGAGAUGUUGUGCAUCGAAUGUUAACGGCUACACAAUACAUUGCUCCCUUGAUGGCCAACUUUGAUCCAAGUGUGUCACGAAAUUCUACUGUAAGAUACUUUGAUAAUGGUACUGCCCUGGUCGUACAGUGGGACCACGUUCAUCUGCAAGAUAAUUACAAUCUGGGCAGUUUCACAUUUCAGGCAACUCUUCUCAAUGAUGGCCGUAUCGUUUUUGGCUACAAAGAGAUUCCUGUCUCAGUGACGCAGAUUAGUUCAACCAAUCACCCUGUAAAAGUAGGGCUAUCAGAUGCAUUUGUGGUCGUCCAUAGGAUCCAGCAAAUUCCCAAUGUCCGUAGAAGAACAAUAUAUGAGUAUCACAGAGUGGAGCUUCAGAUGUCAAAGGUUACAAAUCUGUCAGCUGUUGAGAUGAUUCCUCUACCUACUUGCCUCCAGUUUAACAGCUGUGGGCCUUGUGUCACAGCCCAAAUUGGUUUCAACUGCAGCUGGUGCAAUAAACUCCAAAGAUGUUCCAGUGGAUUUGAUCGUCACAGACAAGACUGGGUAGAUAAUGGCUGUCCUGAAGAGUCUAAAGACAACAUUUGUGAAAAAAAUAUAGACACAACUCAAAUGCCCCCUCAUACCAGUAUUGCCAUACAGCAAACAACAACAAGAUUCAGAGUUUUAACCACUACCAGAGGAGCCAUGACAUCCCAUUUGCCUACUAGUCUGCCUACAGAAGAUGAUACCAAGAUAGCUUUACAUCUAAAAGAUAAUGGAGCCUCAACAGAUGACAGUGCAGAAGAGAAAAAAGGUGGAACUCUUCACACUGGCUUGAUUGUUGGCAUAUUCAUACUAGUCCUAGUUGUAGCAGCAGCAAUACUUGUGACAGUUUACAUGUACCACCACCCAACAUCAGCAGCCAGCCUCUUCUUCAUUGAGCGUCGCCCAAGCAGAUGGCCUGCCAUGAAAUUUCGGAGAGGAUCUGGGCACCCUGCAUAUGCUGAAGUGGAACCGGUUGGUGAGAAAGAAGGCUUCAUCGUAUCUGAGCAAUGCUAGUGUUUUUCAGGCAGUUCACAAGCAACUGGCCUACAGAAGACUAAGACAUUUACUAUGCCUCUCAUUCAAGAAAAGGAAACCAAAAACUCCCAAGCCAAGUGAGAGAAGCAGAAUCGAUUUCUGGAUAAACUUCCUCCAAGGGGAAUAAAAGAACUAUAUGGAGUCCUGGUGACCCUUUCAGUGAGAGGUGUUUUUUUCUUCUUCUUUCAGAGCAGAUUGGUAUACAAUAUUUCAGUCAUGUACCUCUGAAUACAGUAUGAGAAUGAUGGAAACAUUUGCCAUGUUCUUGGUUUAAGUAUAAGAGAUGUAGAGUAAUCCAGGAAACGAAUGGAAAGCUUUAGUUCAGAACAGUGCUUCCUUAUUUGAUCCAGCACAGCAGUGAUGUGAGAUUUUUUUUUAUAAAAAAAGGAACUGUUACAAAUGAGUGCCCUUUCAUGCCUGGAAGCACUGUUCCUUGUUGACGAUGCUGCUGGUGAUAUCAGACCGACACAGAUAACAUAGCUUAGCAAUUUUCUAUAUUUCCCACAAAUAAUACCAUUUCCACCCCAUUCCAUAGACACAACAUAUAUUUGGAAAUAGCAAAAAAGUUCUUGUAUUCUUUAGGCUUAUAUCCUUUGAACAGUGGGUUUGUUUUUCUAAUCACAACUAUAGGUUUAUAGUUGACAAAGUAUUGGAGCGUUUUGUCUUGAAAGCAAGAAGGUUUUUCACUAUGGUGAAACUGGGCUGUCAAAUUGGAAUAUAUAUAGUGAAAUUGGACUAAUAUUCAGUUUCAAUGUUCACAAAAGACAGACCAAAACUUCAGUGCUAUGCAUUAUUUACUUGGGAGUAUGCCCCGCUGAGCUCAGUAGGAUUUGCUUCUAAAGGAUUGUGCAUAGGAAUUUGGCUGUUAGUUUCAGAGAGAUUGCUUAUGGCCCUGUUGAAACAGAAAUGGUAAAUAGGCCUGGCUGGUGCUGUGUGCGAGAGAAAACUAGCCAUUGGAAUGGAGGAAACAAGAUGGGAAGUGUUACCAUUCUUAACCCAUGCCAGUCUUGAGAACAACCUUCCAGUCCAAGUGUUGCAAUCCUUCAGAUUCAUGUAGAAAUAUUGUUUAAUGCACAUAGUAAUUGCAUAAAUAAAUAAAUAAAUAAAUAAAUAAAUAUAAAUAAAUAUAUAUAUUAAAAUAUAUUUUUGUUAUAGCUAACACAAGGCAGGCUCUUGUGAAUGUUAAGAAUGCUUUUUUUGGCCAUCGAGACAAUGGAAAUAGAUUGCAUUGCUGCCUAUUUCCACUGAGUUGUAAAAUAAUCCUUAAUAUUAAAGUAAAAUUUUAUGCUGUCUAGGGAAAGUGGUUCAUUUCAAUGCAAGGCCAUCAUUUUGCCUGCCUCUUGGAUCCACUGUUUCUUUUAACAACAGAACCCUUUCCUUUCCUGUCUAGGGAAAGAGAGCUAUUUUUUAGAAACUUCCAGUAAAAUACUCCUUUGGGUGGAAAGGGGGAAAUGUACACUGAGCUCCUAAAACAUCUGCUCAAAUUUUGUAUGGACAUUAUAUGGUGAACUUUGCCAUUCAUCACUUUUCACGUACCACAUGAACAAAAGCACUUGAAUUGUGGAAAGGUUCAAUAAACCAUCUUCAGGUUUCCGGUUUCUUCGGAUAUCUGUUCAGGUACCACCUUUAUGACACAUGUCUUUACAUUUUCAUGUCAAUACUUGUAUGGUAUCGGUUUUUUAAACAACAGCAACAUAAUUUUUACUUGUUAUUUCCUUCAGUAAAUAAUACAAUACCGUU